AUGGCAACAUUUCUUCGUCGGCUUGCUGGAGAAUUCUCCAAUAAACCCCCGAUUGUUUUAUUCUCCAUUUUUUUAUUCACCUUGGCCUUUUCGUUACUGCUUCUUGGAUGCGUGAUCGAUCACAGCGAAUUUGCCAAUCCUGAUUUUAAGAACGGCAAACCUCGCUACUUCUUUGUUGAACAUGAAAAUUGCUUUAAAAUGAUCGGUAGUACAAAUGUUAGCACGUUGGAAAUAUUCGUCAAAGCUAUAGUACAAGCGCAAUUCACAAUAAUUAAAGUCUGUUUAUACAGACUACAGAACUGGAAUGAAAUAAUCCACAAAUUAAGCCAUCAGAAGUUGGACCUAACGACGGAUCGAGUCGAUGGACUUAUUGUUCCCAAUAAUGUCGUGAUCAAUAAAACGAACGUCCCCGCUGUUAAUGUUUCUCUCCCUUUAACCUUCACCGUUAGAAAUUGUUGUCGUAGCUUUGGCUUGCGACAUUUCCAGCAUAAAGCCGUCAAAACUAUCUUGCCCAUGUCGAUACUGGAUAAUAGAUUAUUUAGUGAAUUUCCAUCGCUAAAUUUUACUGUAACUCUCUUCCUCGGUGACAUAAAUAAAAAUCUUUCAGGAUUUACCUUUUUUUUAUCUAACAGAUCGUAUUAUGACUCGACAUUUUGUCGUGUAUUUCCAACAAACUACUCCAUAUUUGCGAUACCAGAUUCUUCAUUAGAUUGCAAGCAUAACUGUACGGAAUAUUAUACAUUUAUUGGCAAUAUUAAUCAUCACUACGAUGAGCAUUUGACUGUCUGGAUUUCAAAAGAAGCUCGAAAUGUGAUAUUCAUACGUUUGCAGUAUUGUAGUUACGUUGCCCUGGUUGUAGUAUUAGGUUUCAUCAUCCUCGCUGGAUCCUUUGGUAGGCCAAAAGCCAAAGUUUUGCUAUCAUCUUCUUUUACUGAAGCUAUCGACAGUGAUGAGGAUGGAAUUCAAAGUUAUUAA